AGGUAACGCGGUGAGAUUCGUUGGGCCGGGCUCAGAGGGCUGGAGGAGCUCGGUGAGCCCGGGAUGAGCUGAGCUGAGCUAAGCCCAGCGGCCGGCGGCAUGGAGGAGGCGACGGACGCCUACGCCUAUGGGGACAAUGAGACGGAGUGUGAGUACGCUGAGUGGGGCCCCUCGCUGGCCCUGCUGCCCACCAUCUACAUGCUGGUCUUCCUGCUGGGCACGGCGGGCAACGGGCUGGUCCUCUGGACCGUCUUCAAGGGCGGCCGGGACCGCCGGCGUUCGGCCGACACCUUCAUCGCCAACCUGGCCGCCGCCGACCUCACCUUCGUGGCCACCCUGCCGCUGUGGGCCGCCUACACCUGGCUGGGCUACCACUGGCCCUUCGGCACCGCUGCCUGCAAGGUCAGCAGCUACCUGGUCUUCGUCAACAUGUACGCCAGCGUCUUCUGCCUGACGGGGCUGAGCUUCGACCGCUACCUGGCCAUCGUCCGGCCCCUGGCCACCGCCAAGCUGCGCUCGCGGGUCAGCGGGCUGGUGGCCACGGUGGCCCUGUGGGCGCUGGCGGCUCUGCUGGCUCUGCCAGCCCUGGUGCUGCGGCGGGCGGCUGCCCUUGGUGGGGACACCAAGAUCACCUGCUACAUGGACUACGGGGGCCUGGCCGCCCCCGGCACGGAGGGCGCCUGGGAGGUGGGGCUGGGGCUCUCCUCCACCGCCCUGGGCUUUGUGGCCCCCUUUGUUGUCAUGCUGACCUGCUACUUCUUCAUCGCCCGCACUGUGGCCAGCCACUUCCACCGGGAGCGGGCUGAGGGGCCCCGCAAGCGCAAGCGCCUCCUCACCAUCAUCACGGUGCUGGUGGCUGCCUUCGGGGGCUGCUGGCUGCCCUUCCACCUGGUCAAGACCCUCUACGUCCUGAUGGACCUGGAGGUGCUGCCGUGGUCCUGUGGCCUCCACACCUUCCUCAACAACCUCCAUCCCUACUGCACCGGCAUCGCCUACAUCAACAGCUGCCUCAACCCCUUUCUCUAUGCCUUCUUCGACCCCCGCUUCCGCCAUGCCUGCGCCGCCCUCCUCUGCUGCCGGACCCCCGGCCCUGGGACCGAGCGCUCCGCCAGCUACUCCUCGGGGCACAGCCACCCCCCCGGCGGCAAGGGGGGGCUGGUCCCGGGGGGCAAGCUGGACCCUGCCACUCAGGAGACGCUCUUCCGUGCCUAACCCCCCCACCCCGAUCCACCCCCGGUGCCCCCCGAGCUGGUCUCCUUGGGGGGGACCCCUCCACCUCCUCCUUGCCCCAGAGCCUGGCUUGCUUUGGGGACCGCCCCCGCUGGAAAACCCUGCUUGUGGGAAGGGGAAACUGAGGCAGGGGCUGGGCAGACCCUGGGAGGAGCCCCUGGGGGGCUUGGGCAGGGGCAACUCCCCCCGGCGCUUUGGAUUUUGUGACAAAUAAAUGAAUUUUGUUUAAAAAAGGA